UUAGUGUUAGGUUUGUCGUGUAUUGUAUUAGAAUGGUUAAUCUUCAAGUAGAACAAGUUGGGGGAGGCAAUCUUCAGGUGAUCUGUUAAAUCUGUGCAUAACUGUAUUUAGCAAAUCAAUGAACCCUUUUCCUGAGUGACAUCGACUGACUGACUGAGAGAACUUUUUGCUCCAACUUAGCCCUUCCCCAGCACCCUUCCUCCACCCAGAGGUAGGAUGUACACUUGUACAGUGUCCAGUAGACCUAAAUAGCUGAUAAUAAAUUUUUGGCUAUCCAAUUGUUAACUUAAACUUUGGAAAUAGUGGAGACAAUUUUUGCAUGGAAUCAUUUGGAAUUAAUAGACUUUAUUUUUUAUAGUAAUACUAUGGAAGUAAAUAUUCUUAGUUUGUGUAGGUACUUUUAUAGUCAACUUGAUUUUUGUAUGAUAUUAUUUCAGGAGUAAUGUGCAUUCUUUCUUCUUUUUUUUUACAAAAACUGAUUAUCAAAUAAAUACACUGUAGUGGUUGUAGCAAAGAAAUCAUUUUGUGAGAUGGUAUGUAAUAAAGCCUGCCUGACACCUGAGAUAUAUGACCUAAGACCUGGUAGUGAGGACAAAAGAGAACUAUAGUGUUUUGGUCCUGUGUUAGUCAUGGCCAAUUCACAGCACCUUCAGGAGUCAUAUCAGGGGUUCAGACUGACACAAUACUGAUUUUAGAACCUUUUGUGUUGAAGUGUGAAUAAGGAAGGUGUUCAUGACGUUACAAUUGGUCUUAAAAUUAGUGACAUGCUAACUGAAUUUACUUUAAAUACGUAGGUGGUGAGGAGAUAUGUAUUUCCCCGGUCCACCUAAAAAUUUUUACACGUUUAAGUUAAGGGAUUCGGAAUUAGCAUGAAAUUGAUUUUUAGAUGCAUAAACUCACUAUAAAUGUCUUCUUUACUUACUCAAAAUAAUUUGGAACCCUUGAUAAUGACUUUCAGGAAACACGACUAACAAGUCCAUGUUGUUUUCCAGGGGCUUGACGUGGUAAGAAUGUGAAUUUCAUGCAUGUUGUAAAUUGUCUGGAGAAAGCCAAACCAUUACUGUUGUUGACCAACACAAAAGAGUUGGCAAUAAACCCUUCAAUACAGGGAGUAGUAAAGUCCUGGGUGUGCCUUACUGUGAGAAGUGUUGCGAGCAUGUUGUGGUGACCUGGUGUUGAUCUGCCAUAGGUCUUGCCAUUGUCUCAGUAACAUCCCUCUUACGGGCUAAAACUGAUGAAAUAAUUCCAACAAACAAUUAAUAGCCAACUUAUCCAGAUGAAGACAUUUGUGUGUUGCAGCAUGGCAGCAAUACACCUUUCUUACCAAAAUUACUAAAAUGCCAUAGUAGUGGGAUAAAGGUACACAACAGUGCUGCACCACCACAGUAAAUGUCGGUGCAAGUAAUGGCAGACUUGCAUCAGCAGUGCUCAUGAGGGUCACCUCAGCUGCAUCAGACAGCAAAGUGAACGCUCCUCACACACCACACAGGUGAUACAUGUCCAUACUCAUGCCCAAGACAAGAGUCCUGGAAUUUAUCACCCUGUCAGCACCAUAUUGUUCAAUUUCAAAAUUUUUUGGUGUUAUCUUAGGCACAUAUGAAGGUUUAUUAUCUGCCCACAUUACUUACACUUUUCAGCUUUACAGCAGUGUCGCUGUGUACUAGGCGCCACCCUGGACCAUCAGACUGUUGACCCAGUAGUUUAGUUCGGACUUAUUCGUUAAUGGUCGCUCAAUAUUUUUACACUUGAUAUGCUGUAGUCUCACGUUCAAGUAUCAAGAACAAUAGGUAAGAAGAUGGACUCCUCACCUAUGACACUGUUUGGCUACUUCAACGAGCGAGUGAAGGCCAACCUGCACUUGGUAGUGGCCAUGUCCCCCAUAGGCGACACCUUCAGGACCAGGCUCAGGAUGUUCCCCUCCCUCAUUAACUGCUGCACUAUAGACUGGUUUACUGCAUGGCCUGAUGAUGCCUUGGAGAUGGUGGCCACAUCACUGCUGCAGGAAACUAAACUGGAGGCAUCAUUGUUGGCUCACUGUGUCACUGUCUGCAAGUAUUUCCACCACAGCAUUGAUGACCUUGCCCACAGGUUCUAUGAGCAGCUGCGGCGGAGGUACUAUGUGACAUUGUGACAUCCACCUCCUACCUGGAGCUCGUGUUCACCUUCAAGCAGCUCCUCCUUAAGAAGCGCUCAGAGAUCCUCACACUACGGGA